AUGUUUAUUUUUUGUCAAGCAUAUGGAAAGGUGUCAAUGUUUGACAAGACAGAGGUCAUGUUCGGAGACUCAGUUACAAUAACGUGUGAUGCAAGCCGUGCGGAUAAGCCACUCCCUGCAUAUGUCAAGCGGAUUCGAUCUUUGUACAUGGCAAUACAUUUACAAGGCAGGGAGAAAAAGGAAAAAUUUUCAUUCGCGGUCUUCGAUUAUGGAUGGAGGGGAGUACCGUUUAUAGUAAGCUUUAUUUACUUAAUUCACAUUCAUUGGGGGUAUUAUUAACUUCAUGGGUGCUGAGUGGCCGAGAGGCAUGGGGUUCAAUCCCAUACCGAAGCCCUUAGAUCAUCACAUAUGGGUGACGACCCCUUUGGGGUCGAAUGACCCUUUCGCCUAAGACCAUCGGAAAACAAAUAUACUCAACAGAUAUGAAAUAGCAACAAACCUAAUAAUUUUAUGGUCGGGGGUCACAACAACAUGAGAACCCGUAUUAAAGGGCUGCGGUAUUAGGAAGAUUGAGAACCACUGCCUUAGAUGCAAAAACAUCCCCAGCCCCCACCCCCACCCACCCCCCUCCCCCCCCCCCCCCCGGGUUGGAUGGGACUUGUCAACCUCGGCUGGCAACUCAUCUAAAUGAAGGCGAACUCUGAAUUCAAACCUGGAGAUGGAGUACCGUGGGCGGAUAGCAUUGACACAAUCAAAAUUUUCGGCAACUCCUGCGACGCUACUGGUGCCAAGCUGCAUCAUCCAUAUGUGAUGUUCCCUUGGGUUGUUCAUGUGAUUGGCUGAGAAGGGAUGAAAGCUGUCUAGGGAACCAGAUUAUUCUGCUAACAAAACAACAACAAAAAACAGGUCUUGUGAUUUCUGUCCUGCACAUUCUUCACCAUAGUCACAUUGUGUCACACAGAAAACAUAAUACCUAUUCUAUUUCAAUGUCUAUUAAAUAGUUACGUGUAUCUGUGAGUUUAGUUUUGUAGUUCUACAGAAUUUAAUUAAUAACAUACACUAACCAGUGUGAAACCCAACUUGUCCUUAGAAUCGAGUGCCAGGGGUGUCGUGGAAGAUCGAGAUGACCGGUGAUCUCAAUAAUCGGUCUGCCGAUCCCAGCCGGAACAGAGACACGAUGAGGAUCGUGAUCAGGGCAGACAAGGUCACGUGUGUGGAAAACACGCUGUUCACGUGCACCAUAAUUCACCUUGGUGGCGAGGGGUGGGCAAGAGUCAGCGAAGCGUUACGAGUCUAUAAACAGGGUAAUACGAGUCUAUAAACAGGGUAAUACGAGUCUAUAAACAGACGAGUCUAUAAACAGGGUAAUACGAGUCUAUAAACAGGGUAAUACGAGUCUAUAAACAGGGUAAUACAUAGCUCUGAUUUUAUUCUUCCAUCGUAUGAAAUGAUCCUAUUUAGUUGGAAUCUCAUUACAUUCCCACCUUAUUUUGAAUAUGGAUCAGUUAUUUUUUUUAACAAAAAUUGUGUCAAAACUUUUGACAAAAAGUUGGAGAAAGGAGAACGUUGAACCUGUCAUGUUUUUUUUUUAAAAUUAACUUUAAAAAAAACAACAAGGGAAAACAGAUUUUUCCGAUUGCGUUAUUUCAUGUAAUGUUUAGUUGAUUCGCAGCGCGUUACUAGCAUUCUAUGGCUGUGUGUGUAGUGAAGUGUGGACCAAAAAUGGCUGUGUGUGUGGUGAAGUGUGGACCAAACAUGUCUGUGUGUGUGUAGUGAAGUGUGGACCAAACAUGGCUGUAUGUGUAGUGAAGUUUGGACCAAAAAUGUAUGUGUGUAUGUAGUGAAGUGUGGACCAAACAUGGCUGUGUGUGUAGUGAAGUGUGGACCAAACAUGGCUGUGUGUGUAGUGAAGUGUGGACCAAACAUGGCUGUGUGUGUAGUGAAGUGUGGACCAAACAUGUCUGUGUGGGUAGUGAAGUGUGGCUGUAUUUGUAGUGAAGUAUGAAGCAACAUAGCUGUAUUUGUAGUGAAGUAUGAAGCAACAUGGCUCUAUUAGUGAAAUAGAUUACGGUGCCAGAAAUUAGAACGAUCGUAUGAUUUGACACACAUGGAACAAAAUUCAAAUACAAAGGUCGUAACAUUUCUAAGCUCAGAACUUCCGAACAGAAAGAAGACCCCACAACCCCCCCCCCCUUUACAAGCACUUAUUAUUUUUGUAUGUUCGCAUGAAGUGGCAGAGCUAAAAUAAAUAGAUAUCUUUGUGAUGUCAUAAAAUUAAAAUUAAACUCUUCUUGCAAUUUUUGUUUCUUCUUAAAAACAACACCGGUAUGUUAAAUCUAAUUAUAGAGAAAUAUGUAUAUAUUUCAUCCUAUUACAAAUAUUAGCAGUGUUUGACAUUUUAAUUUUAAAAAUUCCUUUCAUCUAACGCUUUUAAUUUAACUAAGUGCACAGGGGAACACACAAAAAUCUAAUUUAAUAUUUAAUCAAAGUUUUAACAGCAUUGCUAACUCGACCAGCCCGUGGUAAAACUACGGCUUACAACCGCUGCUCAGUACUCCCGUACUUUACGGAGGGAGUCAUAGGGGUAAAUUGAUUUUCAAUCCAGUCUUCAAUCCUUUUACUUGUCAAAUGGUGCAAGCGCCGUAAAUGAACGUGAUUGGGUCAUCUAUAUAAUCGGUGGUAUUGAGACAUCUGCAUAAUCAUUGUUAUGGACUCAUUUAUAUAAUCAAUGUCAUUUAGACAUCUAUAUAGUCGUAGUUAUUGAGACAUCUAUAUAAUCAUAGUUAUUGAGGCACCUAUAUAAUCAAUAGUAUUAUAAUUUGUUACCAUUUUCCAGGUGAAAAAGAAGCAAAACUUGCACAACUGACUCUAGACCCGAAGAGGGGUGAUGAGCAGUACAUUUCUUACAACAGCAAAGGAG